CCCCAUGCCACCUUGGCACAGCUUCACUCUUAUAACCUCGCUCCGCAUCGUAUAUUCGAUUGGCAACGAUCUCGGGGGCGGUCUCUUACCGGCCUGCCCUAUGGACGCAGCGUCGACGGAGAAGACGGGGAGAGAGAGGAGGAGGGGGAGGAGGAGGAGGAGGAAGACUACGAUGCAGGAGUUGUUGAAUCUGCGUCCGGUUGCGCCGGAGGACUGAGCGGAGAGGAUGAUGCCAAGCUAGCUUCUGCAAUGAAUGUAGAGGACGAAGAAGGACGGAUAGGAGAGGCUCUGGCGCCCGGGAUGGAGCAUUUGGAUCAUUUUGGACAUCGAGCAAGCCACCUCCAGCUUCCCUCCUGCUUUUGUGUCCCUGAACAGACUUGUGAGUUUCACAGGUCAUUGUCAGGAGGCCCACCAUCAACCUCUGAAGGUCCAGAAAUGGCUCACUACAGACGAGCAUUGACAGCCUCGGGUUAUCGUAAUACCACUGAUUACGGCGUUAUCAGUCUAGUCGAGCCUGGUUCUGAGCGACGAGGAGGGCGAGAAGAAGAAAAGGAGGAAAUGGAGGACGAUGAUGAAGAAGGCUUAGGAGACAGAAGUGGUAUGCUUGUUGGCGAUUCAAGAGUGGCUGGGGCGGAAGGAGAUUUCGAUUCGGAUGAGUUUGCGGUUGCAGUCAAGGGUGGCUAUUGCGAGCACUUCUCUGAAACCGGCAGGCCAAUGACCACUCUUGAGAUAGAGCCAAGAAAACCUGACUCGGCCUGUUGUUCUUCUCAAAAUUCGUCCAUCUCUCCUCCAGAUGAUGACAUUGAUUUGGAGGAAGAUGACGGAGAGAGGGAGGAGGAUGCAGAAGAGGAGGGAGAGGAAGUUGACGAGGAGGAAGAAGAAGAAGAAGAAGAGGAAGAGGAGGAAGAGGUGGUGGAUCGAAGCAAUCUCACUUGGGCACAUUUGCUUGGCCGCACAGGGGAACUGCAUCCUCAACAUUCUCCGGGCCAUUUCAGUCUGGCUGAUCAUGGGCCUGUACCAGCCUCCCACCGGCAUUUCGCACACUCUCUUCUGCCCUAUCCGCUUCGGCGAUCAUUUGUGGGCUCCAGCCACGAGCAGCACAAAACCCUCGAGGCUUGUCUAUCGCCGAUGCAACAACGCCGAAGCCGCCUGUUCGCGGGGUCUCCGUCAACGCCUCUUGCGGUUUCCAGUUUCGCCACAGCCAGUGCCACUCCGCCUCGAUUUCGAGCGGCUGCGGGUCGUGUUCAACCGGCGUCUCUUUGUCUCACCGUCCAGAGGCAACCGCGAGAACGGCAGCAAUCACAGUCCCAGCCAAGGGCUGCGAGACGGCUUGGGGUCGUCGCAUCUUCGGCCGGCCAGACGAUGUCAGGCCCGGCCUCCCGUGGUACAGACUCAGCUCAGGACAUCGUCUACCGUGUCGCUGGGUCGUCCAGUCAUCCAACUUCAUUGUCCACCAUUGGUCCUCACUUUUCCGGACAAUCCACACCACGGGCAGGCCAAUUCGCCGGCCAGACGCCUGGCUAUUUUGGACAUCCUGACUGUCCGAAUCCACUUAAUUUCCAACCCAUGUAUCUGGGCUAUCCCGGUCCAGUCUCUCUGCCUCUAGUCUGGCCGGGUCAGCGGUGUCACAGGUCGACAGUUGCCGGUGUCGCCGCGACUGUAGACGGCCAAUCAGACGCUCUGCCUACUGCGGCUAUGAUGGCCGAUGCAGGCUACUUUCCCAACGUCUACUUCCUUCGAGGGACAGGUGAGCGAUUUAUUGACUCAUUUUCAUUCUGGAAGUCUUGA